GUGUCCCAUCCCUGCUUGGGAUGCGCCCCUCCCUGAGGCUCACUUAGAGCUUCCAACCGCACAAUCCUCCUAAGCGCUUCUGCCCCAUACCUGGUCUGGGGCGACAUUGGACACCCAUCGAGAGGAAAGCACCUCCGAGAUUCCUAGAGAGGCCGGCUUGGCGACUUGGGGAGCCGGAAGCCCAUCCCGAGGCACUUCCUGUCCGGUCAUUGUUCUCGUGCCGGUAGAAGCUGAGGUCCCGGUCAGCCAGCCUCCUGCUGCAGAGCCAGUGAACUCAGGUCGGGCUUCUCAGCUGCGCACAUAGGCAGUACUCAUCUUGGCCCUGGGAAGAAACUCAAGAAGAAGCUUUUGAAACAUAAAGCUUAGAUGGGGUUUGACCUCUGUUGGGCAGCUCCCGGCUAUAGGAGUUCCCCUGCUGAGCAGAGAAGAUGACUGCAGAAUUGAGAGAAGCCAUGGCCCUAGCCCCAUGGGGCCCAGUGAAGGUGAAAAAGGAAGAGGAAGAAGAAGAAAACUUCCCGGGUCAGGCAUCCAGCCAACAAGUGCAGUCUGAGAACAUCAAAGUCUGGGCCCCAGUGCAGGGUCUUCAGACAGGCCUUGAUGGAUCAGAAGAGGAAGAAAAGGGUCAGAACAUAUCCUGGGACAUGGCGGUAGUCCUGAAAGCAACUCAGGAGGCACCUGCUGCUUCACCCCUUGGCAGCUACUCGUUACCAGGGACUCUGGCCAAGAGUGAGAUACUGGAAACUCAUGGGACCAUGAACUUUCUAGGUGCUGAAACCAAGAACCUACAGUUACUGGUUCCAAAAACUGAGAUAUGUGAGGAGGCUGAAAAACCCCUCAUCAUAUCAGAAAGAAUCCAUAAAGCUGAUCCUCAAGGACCUGAGUUAGGAGAAGCUUGUGAAAAAGGAAACAUGUUAAAGAGGCAGAGAAUAAAGAGGGAAAAGAAAGAUUUCAGACAAGUGAUAGUGAAUGACUGUCACUUACCUGAAAGCUUCAAAGAAGAGGAAAACCAGAAAUGUAAGACAUCUGGGGGAAAAUACAGCCUUAAUUCUGGCACUGUUAAAAAUCCAAAAACCCAGCUUGGGCAAAAGCCUUUUACAUGUAGCGUGUGUGGGAAAGGAUUUAGUCAGAGUGCAAACCUCGUUGUGCAUCAGCGAAUCCACACUGGAGAGAAACCCUUUGAAUGUCAUGAGUGUGGGAAGGCCUUCAUUCAGAGUGCAAACCUCGUUGUGCAUCAGAGAAUCCACACUGGACAGAAACCUUAUGUUUGCUCAAAAUGUGGGAAAGCCUUCACUCAGAGUUCAAAUCUGACUGUACAUCAAAAAAUCCACUCCUUAGAAAAAACUUUUAAGUGCAAUGAAUGUGAGAAAGCCUUUAGUUACAGCUCACAACUUGCUCGGCACCAGAAAGUCCACAUUACAGAAAAAUGCUAUGAAUGUAAUGAAUGUGGGAAAACAUUUACUAGGAGCUCAAACCUCAUUGUCCACCAGAGGAUCCACACUGGGGAGAAGCCCUUUGCCUGUAACGACUGUGGCAAAGCCUUUACCCAGAGUGCAAAUCUUAUUGUACAUCAGCGAAGCCAUACUGGUGAGAAGCCAUAUGAGUGUAAAGAGUGUGGAAAAGCCUUUAGUUGUUUUUCACACCUUAUUGUGCACCAGAGAAUUCACACUGCAGAGAAACCUUAUGACUGCAGCGAAUGUGGGAAAGCCUUCAGUCAGCUCUCUUGCCUUAUUGUCCACCAGAGAAUUCACAGUGGAGAUCUUCCUUACGUGUGUAAUGAAUGUGGGAAGGCCUUCACAUGUAGCUCAUACCUACUUAUUCAUCAGAGAAUUCAUAAUGGAGAAAAACCUUACACAUGUAAUGAGUGCGGGAAGGCCUUCAGACAGAGGUCGAGCCUCACUGUGCACCAGAGAACCCACACUGGGGAGAAGCCCUAUGAAUGUGAGAAGUGUGGCGCAGCUUUCAUUUCCAACUCACACCUCAUGCGACACCAUAGAACCCAUCUUGUUGAAUAACAAGGAAGAGGAAGACCUCCAGCAUUGGUCAUAACCUUCCGCCUCCCUAAUGAGACACCUCUUUGCUGUUUUCUUCCUCCUCUAUAAAAAUGAGGGCUAUGUCCUUAAAAGUUAGAGUUUUCAGGAAUGCAGCACAAGACACAAGAAAAGCAUUUCAGAGGCUAAUUUAAAGAAAACAAAAAGUAAGCACCUAAAGGCAAGGACUUUAACUGUACCUUAAGCAGUCAUGUUCUCUGAAGUGGAAUGUGGCUUUCCUAGGAAUGGGUCAUACAAAGCUAAGUAGUAAUGAUGCUAUUUGGGGAAAGGUCUUUUUUGCUUAAUUUUGUUUUUUAAAACUCUGAUGAUUGCUUGAGCAACGGGCAGGUUAUCUGCCUGGUUGAAUUCUGGUUGAACCGUGUAUUCUAAUAUUUCUGGUUAAGUGGUGGCUAGGUAAGGAAACCACUUGGGGUAGCAGUUCAACAAUUCACUUACGAACGUUUAUAAGCUUUCCAUUUCCUAGGUAAUUUUUUAAAAGCCAGUCAAAACAAAAAAAACUUUACUGAAAAUGGACAGAAAUAGGAAAUGGACUUUUUCCUUACUGUCUAUACCUCCUGAACCUUGGUAUUGUAAAGAUCUGGGGACCUCUGAGUCUCUUCUGACCAUUCCCUAGUCUGCAUGGCCAAGCACUCAAGGAUUGCUGGACACCACACACCAGCUAUAUUCGUUUGCCAAGAUCGACAGCUCCUUCUCCAAACAACUCAAGCCCCCUAUUCCCAUCUCAUUCCACUUGGGUGAGAUGCAACUAACAGCCCCUUCCUGGAUAAAGGAGUCAAAGAAUAAAGCUUGCCUAGAGGCAUG